GCUCACAAUCUAACGUGCCAGCCUAACUCGUGACUCGCAUCAAUCCAAAAGAAGCAACAACAAAAUAACUCUAUAAAAUAGUGAAGCCUUAUAGUUUGAGUUUGAGUUUGAGUUUAUCCAAAGAUAUCGCAAUCAUGACGGCGAUGCAGAGGUCACUCAAGACAACCAUUGCAGUCGCCAGCCACCGCGCGUCCUUUUCUUCUCUCCAACGCUCCGCUGCUGAUGCCGCCGCCGAUACUCUCGUUACGCCGCCGCAGCACCUCCCGCCUUUCGAUCACAAACCUGCUCCCUACAACGGUCCCUCCGCCGAUGAAGUUUUCGCAAAGCGCAAAAAGUUCCUCGGUCCUUCCCUGUUCCACUAUUAUCAGAAACCCCUGAAUAUCGUGGAGGGGAAGAUGCAAUAUCUUUAUGAUGACAGUGGGAGGCGUUAUCUUGAUGCUUUUGCGGGCAUAGUUACUGUUUCUUGCGGACAUUGCCACCCUGAAAUAUUGAAUGCCAUUACGGAGCAGAGUAAACUUCUGCAACAUGCAACAACCAUAUAUCUAAACCAUACAAUUGGUGAUUUUGCUGAGGCUUUGGCAUCAAAAAUGCCUGGAAACCUUAAGGUUGUUUAUUUUGUAAAUUCUGGUUCAGAAGCAAAUGAACUAGCAAUGAUGAUGGCCCGUUUAUAUACCGGUAGUCUUAGUAUGAUUUCUCUGAGAAAUGCUUAUCAUGGGGGGAGCUCUGGUACACUUGGUGCGACUGCUCUAAACACGUGGAAAUAUCCAAUUCCAGAGGGUCAUGUUCAUCACGUUAUGAAUCCAGAUCCAUAUCGUGGAGUUUUUGGUGCGGAUGCUUCUAGUUAUGCAAAGGAUGUCCAAGACCAUAUUGACUAUGGAACUUCAGGAAAAGUUGCUGGAUUUAUAGCUGAAACAAUUCAGGGAGUUGGAGGAACAGUUGAACUGGCACCAGGGUAUUUGAAACUUGUUUAUGAUAUUGUACAUAAGGCUGGUGGUGUCUGCAUUGCUGAUGAAGUUCAAACUGGUUUUGGCCGAACCGGAAGCCAUUAUUGGGGAUUUGAGACACAGGGUGUCAUUCCUGAUAUAGUUACCAUGGCAAAGGGUAUUGGCAAUGGUCUGCCAUUAGGAGCUGUGGUCACAACUCCAGAAAUAGCUAGUGUGAUGGCACAGAAGAUUCAAUUUAAUACGUUUGGUGGGAACCCUGUUUGUUCUGCUGGUGGACUUGCCGUGCUUAGGGUUCUUGAUAAGGAGAAGCGUCAAGCUCAUUCUGCUGAAGUUGGCUCUCACUUGCUUCAGCGUUUGAGAGAACUUCAGCAAAGACAUGAAAUCAUCGGAAACGUGAGGGGAAGAGGCUUAAUGGUGGGAAUAGAGAUGGUUACUGACCGUAAAGACAAGACACCUGCAAAGGCUGAAACUGCUGUUGUGUUUGAGAAACUUCGAGAGCUUGGUGUUCUAGUGGGGAAAGGAGGAAUCCAUGGAAACGUUUUCCGGAUCAAGCCACCGAUGUGUUUCACCAAAGAUGAUGCAGAUUUUCUUGUGGAUGCCUUGGACUACUCUUUAUCAAAGUUGUGAGGAGAUGAAUGAAAAAUCUGGGAAAAUGGAACCAAAAUGUGUUUGAAGGCAACAACUUUAGUUCACAGAAAUGAAUCAUCUUAAAUAAUGAAUGUAGUAAUGUUCUCCCACUGCGAAGUGAUUCCACUCCAUUUAAUGAAAGAGUAGUGUUUGCAUCAAAAGGUUUGCAUUUGUGUUUAAAUCCAUAUAAGACAAAAUCAAUAUACGAGAAUCUAAAAUA